AUGCACCAGGCACACCAUGAUGCUCAGCUCCAGAAUACCCGGAAUAUCGGCAUUAUUGCUCAUGUUGACGCUGUAGGUUAUGACUUGGGCAAAACUACUACUACCGAGCGGAUGCUCUAUUAUAGUGGCGUUACCCAACGUGUUGGAGAUGUCGAUGCUGGAAAUACUGUAACCGACUUUCUCGAAUUAGAAAGAGAACGAGGCAUCACCAUUCAAUCAGCCGCCAUUACCUUCAACUGGCCUCUCCAGCAGACACUUCCCCCAGGCGUCCAUUCCAAGACGAUUAACCUUAUUGACACACCUGGUCAUCAAGACUUUCGCUUCGAAGUCGAUCGUUGUCUUCCCAUCCUCGAUGGUGCCGUCUGCAUCAUAGACUCGGUCAAGGGUGUUGAGGCUCACACUGAGAGGGUGUGGGCUUCGGCUCACGAGUUCAAGGUACCUCGUCUGGUCUAUUGCAACAAGCUCGAUCGUGAAGGCGCAUCUUUCAAAAAGGCUGUCCUCGAGAUCGGAGCACGACUUAAGGGAUGGCCUCUCGUCUGCCAGAUCCCGUGGUGGGAAAAGGAAGACUUUGUCGGUGUCAUUGACAUUAUCGACCGGGUUGGAUAUCGCUGGAAGUCGGAACGUGAAAAGACGCGAUACGACUUUCCUGCUCUCCAGGAAAAGCUCUCUAGCUCAAACAAGGACCUUCUUCCCGAGAUUGAGUCAGCGAGGCAGGCAUUGAUUGAGGGCCUUGCAGAUUUCGACGAGGCCAUCAUGGAUGAGUUUCUUGCUGAGAACCAAAACAUUGAUGGUGCUUUGAUCAAAAAAGCUAUCCGAAGGGCUAUCCGAAGUGGUGAUGGCACCGUCAUUCCCGUGUUUGCCGGUUCUAGCUUCCGUCAUAUCGGUGUUGAGCCCCUGAUGGAUGCCAUCACCGACUAUCUACCAAGCCCAGAUGAACGCCCAUCCGCAGAAGUGCGGGUUGGUUCAGUGAAGCAGCGUUUGGCCGAUGUUAUCGAAAAGAGUUCCAAGUCUGCCAAGUCGACUGUCGCAUCCAUCGCAUCCGUCUUCAAAGUCUUCAAUCACCCCAAGGAGGGCGUCAUUAGUUUCGUUCGAGUCUACCAUGGCACAAUGACCAAGAACGCCUCAAGUUUCAACACCAACAUGCUUAUCAGCGAGAGACCCAUGGGAAUUCUUCAGAUCUCAGCAUCCAAGACGCAGGAUAUUCAGGAGCUUUCGGUGGGACAGAUUGGAGCCCUCAGGGGACUCAAGAAGGCCCGUACAGGCGACACGCUCAUCACAACGACUGGUGGCAAGCCUGUUGCUGAAGCAUUCCGUCACGUUCAAAUCCGGCCGCCCGAGAUUCCACCCCCAGUCGCCUUUCUGCAAGUUGAACCCUACGGUAAUGUUGCUGCCCAGCAGCUCCAGAUCGCCCUGGAAAACACGACGCGAGAGGAUCCCAGUCUUCGAUGGAGCCGCGACCCCAAGACGGAGCAGUUCACCAUCCAGGGCAUGGGCAAGCUUCACUUGGAUGUUUCACUCUACAACAUGAAGCAAAAGUACAAGAUCGAUGCCGACUUUGGCCCUAUCGAAGUCGACUACAAGGAGUGUGUCACAAUGGCUACACGGCCUCAACACACAGUCUUUGACCGCCCCGUUGCGAGCAAGCCUGGAAAAGCGUCCUGUACAGCCGUCCUUGAACCGCUUGAGGACCACCAUCGCGAGACCUUACUGGAAUCAAGCGUUGAGCGAGACGGUAACAUAUACCACAUCUCAAUCCCUCUGACAGGCGACACCAACUCGCUCAACUUUGAUCCCGAAGAGGCCCGACAACAGCUUCUCAAUGGAGCCAUUGCCGGCCUGGCGAGAGGGCCGCGCCGUGCAGCACCCAUCCAUGGAUGCCACGUCACCAUCACUCUUGACACGGAGCGCAACGCCUGUGAGACUCCCACGGGAGGACACUUUAGCACUGUCGCGCGCACUGCAGUGCAAGCAGCACUCCGUGACGCCUUUGAAAAGGAACAAAUCGGCAUCCUCGAACCCAUCAUGCUCGUCCACAUCACCUGCCCCGAGGUAGUCGCCGGCACGGUGCAGCACGAUGUGACGGCGGGGGCGGGCGGACACGUCCUCGAGGUCAAUGACCGGUCAGCCGAGAUGACGGGUGAGGACCACAUCGAUGUAUCCAAGAUCUACACGCCCCCCGAUCCAUAUGACUCUGUCACGUCCUUGCGCGGCAAGAAGUCAACAACGCGCAUGGUGGAAAUUGUAGCCAAGGUGCCGUACAAGGAGAUGCUCGAUUACGAUAAUCAUCUACGGAGCAAGACGGCAGGACGACAUUCCAUGACCAUGUCGUUUGAUUCGUUUGCCAAGGUUGUCGGCCACCGAGAGAAGGGUUUGUGA